AAAGCGGCGCUGACUGCGCGUGCGCCCCCCCGCCCCCGCAAGGCUGGCGAAAGCGCCCUCAUUAACCUUCAUUGCUUGCGUAAUAAGUGUGCGUCGGCGGGCCGCGCGUCCGGCGCAUGUGCGGAGGGGCGGCACCCAACUGAUUCUCGGAGGCGACAGUUGACUUGUCCUUAUGUGAAUGGGAGCCAGAACACCUUGCGAAGUUCGGACCAAGCAGUAGCUUCUUCCUCGACGUGGACAUGGCACAAGAGAAAAUGGACCUAGACUCGGAGCUGCUGCCGAGUUCAGCCACAACAGACGACUCGCUGAAACGAUCCAACAGCGCCCCUUUGAUCAGUGGGCUUGGUGAUAAUUCACAGGUAUUCCAAGCUGACACGUUAACAACUAGAAGAAAUAGCACAACGCUUAUGACCCAACAAUGUCUGGUCAAUGUGAAGCCACUGAAGAAUUCUAAGUCUGGGACUGACAUGACCAGAUUUGCAUCUUUGAAAGACUACCCUGGCUGCAAAGCGUUUUUGCCACCUUCUUCCGUUCCCAUUCCUAUUCAUGCUUCCUUUGGUCGCCUUCACCAAAUCAAACAGGAAGAAGGCAUGGAUUUAGUAAAUAGAGAAGCAAUGCAUGAAUGGGAGGUACAAACUGCAAAACAGAUAAGUCAGUCUUGGGAAGAAAGUUUGAAACUGAGUGCCAGUGAUUUAGAGAAACCAUCUUCAAAGUGCAUUGGUUUAAUUCCAGUACCCCCAGCACCUUCUCCCACCAGGGGGAUUGGGAAGCAAUAUUUUUCUCCAUCGUUACAAACUUAUGUGAGUUACACCGCUUUGUCUCCAAGUCCUAGUCCCAGUCCUACGCAACAAUUUCCAAUAAGAAGAAAUCAAAGCCCCACCAACACUAUUAGACCAAGUAUCUUUGGAUCAUUAAAAAGAAAAGGUGAAAUGAUAGCUAAAGAUCCGCCUAAGAGAUUUUUCGAAGGCACGACCAACAUGCUUUCUCCCGAUACUACCCAACAGUCUGAUGUGAAUGUUUGCCACUCUGACCCAUGUGAGGUGAUAUCGCACUAUGGUUUGGAUUUGCAUUUCCCUGAUGAUGAGUGACGCCGAGUAUCUUUUCAUGUGUCUGUUGGCCAUCUGGAUGUCUUCUUUGGAGAAGUGUCUCUUCAUGUCUUUUGCCCGUUUUUUAAUUUGAUUAUUUGUUUUUGGAGGUGUUGAGUUGGGUAAGUUUUUUAUAUAUUUUGGAUAAUAACCCCUUAUUUGGAUAUGUCAUUUGCAAAUAUCUUGUCCCAUUCAGUGGGUUUUCUUUUAGUUUUGUUGAUUGUUUCCUUUGCUGAGCAGAAGCUUUUAUUUUGAUGCAUUUCCAAUAGUUUAUUUUUUUUUAUUUCCCUUUCCUCAAGGAGACCUAUCUAGAAAGGUGUCACUAUAACCAAUGUCAGAGAAAUUACUGCUUGUGCUGUCUUCUAGGAUUUUUAUGAUUUUGUGUCUCAACAUUUAGGUCCUUAAUCCAUUUUGGGUUGAUUUUUGUGUGUGGUGUAAGACAGGGGUCCAGUUUCACUCUUUUGCAUGUAGCUGCCCAGUUUUCCCAACACCAUUUGUUGAAGAGACUCUUUUUCCCAUUGCGUAUUCUUUCCUCCUUUGUUAAAGAUUAAUUAACCAUACAAUUAUGGGUUUAUUUCUAAGUUUUCUAUUCUUUUUUUUUUUUUUUUU